AUGCAAUCAAACGCUACGAAGGAUCCAGCCCAGAGCCCUCCAGUUGAAGGUGGAUUGGAGAAACUCAAGGCUGAAUAUGCGACAGCCUUUGAAGAAAACCAGGCAGCUCAACGCAAGUACAAAGACGCGGUCGCCGAACGACGGAGACGUAGUCAACCUAGCGAUAGAGACGUCCAAGAUUCAGAUAAUGAUGCCAGGACGUUGCUCAAUAGACACAUCGAGUUACGGAGUCUGCAGAAGAAGAACACUUCCCUCGUUGUGCUGAAGGACGAGCUGGAAAAGAUUAAAAGUUCGCGUCACUUGGUCACAUGGGAAGUCCGACCACCUGCUACUCAAGAACACCUCGCUGUGACGUCCGAUGUUGGACACGACAUCGGCGUGCUUGAGGAAACGCUAAAGAGGCAUGUCAAGGCUCUCGAAAUGGCUGUUGUCCAUGCUCAUUUUGAAGCAAAAGCUGAGAGGGCAAAGCUGGACGAAGCCAGAGAGAGGGCGCAGUCGGGUGAAUAUGGCGUUGUUCCUGAGCAGCGGGUUCGGGCGAUGUUGACCACACGACGGUAUCUGACGACAUGGCUCGAGGAGAGCUUGGAGAAGUGUCAAAACGAUGUCGGUCCGCAUGGCGACAGCAACAAGGCUGUUCAGGAGCCUGACGACCAGAACGGAGUUGCCGUCACGGAUGAAAUGAUUGACGAACAAUAUGAACGGUAUCUAACUGCACGAAAGCGAGUUAUUGAGGCUGUCGACAAGCUCAGGGCUCCUCUACCUCCGAAUGAAGCGGAUGACAGUGAGCGGCAAACACACAAGGGGGACGACGACAGUACCAUGGGCCCAAAGGCGUCCAGUGGCGUCGCUAUGCUCAACAAUAUUGAGAAGAAUCUGCUCCCAAGUUUACAACAGCACUCUGUUGUGAAGGCAUAUCUCACAUUGACACGAGAACAGCUCGACAGCGAACUACGAGCGACGACGAAUAUGCUGGACAAACUUAGUGACGAGAGCCAACUUUUGCAGGCAUUUCCUAUUCUUGCUCGGUCGGGAAGGUUCGAGCAUGCUGCUUCCAUCAUUGGGCCCAAAUCUGAGGCUCGAGAAGAGCGUGAUGGCGACGAAGUGACACGGCGUAUGAAACCGUGGCUUUUCGCAGCGGAAGCAGCCGAUGUCACGUUGUCAAGUCAUCGGGAGACUCAGUUGGGUCAGGGAAGGGAGGCAAUGCACUCUGUAUCGCAAAGUCUUGCUGAAUUAAGCCUCCUGAGGGAGGCAACCUGA